AUGCAAGCCGGACAUUAUCACCAGCAGAUGAACCCUUACAUGAUGUGGCCGUACAUACAGAUGUACCCACAGACGCUGGACGACUUCUCACUCCACCCCGCGUUCAUGCAGACGAGCAUGCCGACGUACCCGGUGUUCUGUCGACCUCACGUCACAAAGGAGGCGGCCGGGAAGAGGUCGUCGUUCACCAUAGACGCUAUUCUGAACAGCGACUUGAAGCGCACGGAGUUGACGUGUGACACGUCGUCGCAGGACUCUGAUUUGAAACACAGAUUCUCAGACUCUGAUUUGAAACACAGGUUUUCAGACUCGGUUUUACCAGGACGCAGGCACCAGAGACUGUUACAGGCAGCACACCCGUAUUAUGAUAGCAGUCCCGAUAAACAUCAUACCCCCAGCGACGCUUCAAAGUCGGAACUGAUUUCGCCUAAAGAUAAGUCAGAAAAGAAAUCCAGUAGUAAAGGUAAACGUAUUCGCACGAUCUUCACCCCGGAGCAGCUGGAACGACUGGAGGUGGAGUUCGAGCGACAGCAGUACAUGGUCGGGACAGAGAGAUAUUACUUGGCAGCGUCACUGAAUCUAACAGAAGCGCAGGUGAAGGUGUGGUUCCAGAACCGACGAAUCAAGUGGAGGAAGCAGAAUCUAGAACAGCAGCAGGCCAAACUGGCGUCCAUGGACUUGUACAAAGACUUGGAGUCGGAUUCCGACAGCGAGGACGGAGAAAGCCGGAACAUUUCGUUCAGUUCGGAACCAGUCACAUGA